UCCGGCGGGUGACGGUGCGGACGGGUCAGGAGCGUAGAGGCGGCGGCAAAAUGGCGGCGCCUGAGGAGCGGGAUCUAACCCAGGAGCAGACAGAGAAGCUGCUGCAGUUUCAGGAUCUGACUGGCAUAGAAUCUAUGGAUCAGUGCCGCCAUACCUUGGAACAGCAUAACUGGAACAUAGAGGCUGCUGUACAAGACAGACUGAAUGAACAAGAGGGUGUACCAAGUGUUUUCAACCCACCUCCAUCCCGACCCCUACAGGUUAAUACAGCUGAUCACAGGAUCUACAGCUAUGUUGUCUCAAGACCACAACCAAGGGGGCUGCUCGGAUGGGGUUAUUACUUGAUAAUGCUUCCAUUCCGGUUUACCUAUUACACAAUACUUGAUAUAUUUAGGUUUGCUCUUCGUUUUAUACGGCCUGACCCUCGCAGCCGGGUCACUGACCCUGUUGGGGACAUUGUUUCAUUUAUGCACUCUUUUGAAGAGAAAUAUGGGAGGGCACACCCUGUCUUCUACCAGGGAACGUACAGCCAGGCACUUAAUGAUGCCAAGCGAGAGCUUCGCUUUCUUCUGGUUUAUCUUCAUGGAGAUGACCACCAGGACUCCGAUGAGUUUUGUCGCAAUACACUCUGUGCACCUGAAGUUAUUUCACUAAUAAAUACUAGGAUGCUCUUCUGGGCAUGUUCUACAAACAAGCCUGAAGGAUAUAGGGUCUCACAGGCUUUACGAGAGAAUACCUAUCCAUUCCUGGCGAUGAUUAUGCUGAAGGAUCGGAGGAUGACUGUGGUGGGACGGUUAGAAGGCCUCAUUCAACCUGAUGACCUUAUUAACCAGCUGACAUUUAUUAUGGAUGCAAACCAGACAUACCUGGUGUCAGAACGACUAGAAAGAGAAGAAAGGAACCAGACGCAGGUGCUAAGACAACAGCAGGAUGAGGCAUAUCUGGCCUCUCUCAGGGCUGACCAGGAGAAAGAAAGGAAGAAGCGGGAGGAGCGGGAGCGGAAGCGGCGGAAGGAGGAAGAGGUGCAGCAGCAGAAGCUGGCAGAGGAGAGACGGCGGCAGAACCUACAGGAAGAAAAGGAAAGGAAGUUGGAGUGCCUGCCUCCUGAGCCUUCCGCCGAUGACCCUGAAAGUGUCAAGAUCAUUUUCAAAUUACCCAAUGAUACCCGAGUAGAGAGACGGUUCCACUUCUCACAGUCUCUAACAGUAAUCCAUGACUUCUUAUUCUCCUUGAAAGAAAGCCCUGAAAAAUUUCAGAUUGAAGCCAACUUUCCCAGGCGGGUACUGCCCUGUGUUCCCUCAGAGGAAUGGCCCAACCCCCCUACGCUGCAGGAGGCAGGAAUCAGCCACACAGAAGUUCUCUUUGUCCAGGACCUAACAGACGAAUGACACUUUUUCUUCCUCUCCCCUCCCACACCCCAGUCCCUAAAAGAAAUGGAAAAAACAAAAACAGAAAACAAACAAAAAAAGAGAUAUUCAUAUUAUUAUUAUAAUACAAUAUUUUUUUUAAAAGACUGCUGCAUCCUAAGGAAGGAUCAGAAACCACGCUGCCUGCAAGAGAGACAACCUGUGUGAGUGCAAGGCCAGCAGUGAAAGUCCCCGCUCCACCUCUCCCUCUAGCUUCCUUACCAUGCGCCUUCCAGCGGACGGAGACUUCACCUCCCGCCCAUCCACUGUUCCAGCUGGGUAGGGGACAUUCCCACUAGUUUUAUUCAUUCUUACUUUUAUGGAAAAUAAAAGUGAAAAACCUCUGUCAACCAGCUACAGCUACAUCUCCUGAGGACUUCCUUCUCCCACCUCUUGAAAAGAGGGGGAAGAGAAAGCACAGAACAGAGAUGUUCCUUGAACUGCCCUAUGAAUAAUUUUAAUUGUUCCUGUUGCUUUGUAAUGACCAAAGGAAUGAGGCUGACAUAGGUGUAUUUUUUUUCCUUAACUUUAUCUCAUAAAGAGCCAAUUCCUAAACCCAUGAGUUUAUGCCAUGGGCUCCUUAGCCCACAAUAGUGUAAUAAAGGUGCCCAGGCUGGUUUGUGCUUAUUUCUGCCAUUGCCCCUCUCGUGUCCACAGAGAGGUUACGUUGGUCCAACUCUUGCUGUCUUCUCUUACCCCCGUGCACCCCACUCGGACCAGUGGAAGGAAAGCUGAGUUUUAGCCUCUGCAAGGCGGUGUGCACAGAUAAUACUUUCGUACAUGGUGGAUAUUCACCUUUACACACAACUGUAGUUUUCCUUAGAACUGCACUAGGUGACGGUGCAGGGGUUGGAACCAAAGGAUAGCACCUCUUCAUUCCUCCUCUGACUUGUGCAUGCUGUGCAGCUUCCCCAACUGCCAAGCUUGCUGCCUUUGCAGAGUGCUAGCAGGACCAGCAAUGGAGCCGGCAGAGCCAUGUAAGAAUACCCUCUCUGCCUUUCUUAGUCACUGUGUUUUAAGAAGCAUUUUCUUCCUUUUGCCCUGUUCCUGUAUUGAAGUAAUGCUAUGUUCUUUUUUAAAUUUUUUUCACCUCAAUGUCUGGUCUGUGGUUGAGUUUAUGGUAAUACAUGCAUACAUGACUCAGGUCAUGUAUUAACAGGUGCCAGUGUGUGCUUAUUCCAAAGAGUGCCAUAGUGAGACUGGCACAGGGCUCACGUUCUGCAGCCUUUGGAAGUCACUGUAGCUGCUACCGUGCUGUGAAGGUAAGGGGAUUCAGGUCAUGAUAAAGCAUAACUUGCUAGAUUUGUCACCUCCAGAGGAUCUCUCUUGUUUAAAACGUAAAGACCACUCUGGCAGCAGUAACAUGCUUACUGCCCUCUGCAGCCUCAGUUGUUGUCAGGUAGAUACCAUGUGGCAGAGGGAGGCACUUCAUGAAUAUGACCUGAUCUAGGGAGGCUGAGAAUUUCCCGGUGGUUUACAACACCGUCCCUAGGAAAAGUUAGUUCUGUACCUGGCUGUGUGUGGUUCUUGGUUUUCUGCUGUGCCAAGGCUAACUGGGUGGGAAAUGACACCUCACUGUCAUCAUAAAAUGUGUCAAAUGAACUCCAUGUAAACCAUGUUCUCCACUCAACCCUAAAUGACUGCCACACAAGGAGAAUGUUUCCCCUUCGGCCUCCCCACUUGUAGUUCACAGCUGUUGCCCUGGCGGCACGUUCAACAGGCUGGGCAUACUGAGUGUCUGGCCCAGACACCCUUGAGGACAUUGUGGUUUUUGCCCCCUUCAUAACUCAGUCUCCUUAUAUAUUGUGCACUUUAUACUUCUUGCCUUUUGAUACCUGUUUUCAGCAAAGGAGUCAGACACAGGAACAGUAAGACAAGGCCCUUUUAUUUGUCAGUACAACUCUUGGGACAGCCUGCCUGUCUACUGUAGGGUUCAAGGGGUUUCAGCUGAAGUGCAUGCCCCUCUCUAGGCCUUUUGAAAUAAUCUGCUUAAAUUAGAUCCUUGCUUGUCUCAUUGCUGCCCCUAGUGCUGCUGGCUGGGUGCCAUUUCCUUCCUCCUAGGUGUAAUAUGGGUGAGCGUUUUGUCACUUAAUGCCAGUACAAUCUGUGUUACUCCUAAGGACCUCUAGGAGCUCAACGGGACCUGCAAAGGAGAAAAAAAAAAAAGACGCUGAGGGAAAAAAAAAAGACGCUGAGAACCGGUGGUCUGCAAGCAUUCGCUUUUGUUUCCAGAUCGCCUCUGAGAUUCUUCAGCUGUUGUUUCCAAAUGGCAAGUCAUCAACAAAAACACUUGUUUCAAGUUUUGUUCUGCACUCCCAAGACUGAAGUUGUAGAGUCAGCUGAAUAACCAUGGGAAAUGACCAAGCAGAGACACCCAAUUGGGUCAGUUGAAUUUUUGCAGCCUCAGUGGGACCUUUCUGGUCUUUUCUUUCACUUCUGCAGAAUUUCCUGCAGUAAAUAUUUCUUUCUCCUUGCUUGCUCCACCAUGAGUUACGGAGAAGAGAUGGCUGGAGCAGAAUCUCUGUAAACAACUAAGAACCUAGAAUCUUCAACUGAGCAGUUAUUACGAACAUUGCUAAUGGUGCCAAGGCCCAGGAAACAGUUUCAGGAAAUGACUGAGAAAGAGUGAUAGCCCCAGGAUGCAAAAUCAGGGGAGUAUUAUCACCUGGUGCUUGAACAAGGAGCUCCAUCAUAAAGGUUUUUGUAGGACUCGUGAGGAAUGCAGCAACAAGGAAAAUCCAUCCACAAAGGAUGCAGUGCCCCAACUUGUACUGCACCCGAAUAGUUACGUGAUAAUUUCCUGAAGAAAUCUAGUGUACUUAAAAUUUUUUUCAUAAAGGUUUACAUUGUAUUGUAGGUUAACAUUAAAUGUUUUAUAACAAAAAUUUCA